AUGUUCGGUUCAAAUGCCCUGUCGCUUCCGCCAACCUUUCACCAUGAGCAUCGUCCUCUCCGGUUGACAUCUGAAAGUGCACGCCCCCAACCCACCGGGGAGUGCCGAUAUCUUCUUCAACAUCCUUCGGCACAGAAUCAACAAAGAUGUUCAUGCCAAUCCUUUCACCAUAAUCGAAGCGCCCCAGGAAACAUCUGUGAGUGUGGCCAUCAAGCAUGCUAUCAUGUACACGAAACGAACAAAGACAAAUCUUCUCCCGAAAUCUCGGCCACAUUGGUGGAGAAAUUGAACUGCCUGAUGGAGAAGGUCAAGCGUAUGGAGGAAACUAUUCAGAAUGAACGACGAAGUCGAGAAAGUACAAUGCACCGGGAGCGACAGUUGUGGGAGAGCGAGGUUCGCAUUCUCCGAGAAGCCCUUGCGCCAUUUUAUAAGCACGACGAAGAGAUGCGUCACAAGGUGACAGAUAUUGAAGACCGGGUGGAAGGUAAUUAUGAUGAACAGGUCCGCCUUAGGGACCGCCUUGUCGCUGUCGAUGACAUGGCCAUGACCCUGGAGAAGCGUGUCGAGGAACUUGAGGGCCAAAGACCCAAGAAGAGAAGAGUCAACCGUGCUCAAGGGCCAGAGGAACAGUUGCCAAACGGCCACAUCUCAUCUGAUAACAGUGGACGACGGGUGUCAUCAAGCAUUGAUGAGAGGUCCAUCCAUACACCAUCGUCACGAGCCCUAUCGCCAUUGACCAAUGCCUCGGCACCACCGCAUACAGAGAUGGAAGAAGCUCGUUCCAGUGGCAUCUUGAACCUGGUUGAGCUACCUCGAUCCAUGCCAUUCAACUUCCCUCCUCGUCUUUCGCCACCACAAGAUGAGGCUAGGUCAAGUGGGUUCCUGAAUCUCAACCUCGCUGACCGACUGGCUCAAAAGGCUGCAUCAGAACGGGGACUUGACGCUGCUCAACGAGCCAUACAAACACCGCCUCAAGACCGACCAAGUCCACCUGCCUCUGUCUAUGCCAGGUCCGACCCAGAAAUUGCCAGAGCAAGCUAUACACCUCCAGCUGUUAUGCAGCCAAGCAAACUCCCGUUAGUCGAUAUCAUGGUGCUUCCGCCCAUCAACACAUCUCCACGCAAGAGAAAGCACUUUGAUCACAUUGCUUUGGAUGUUCUUGCUGACGUCAGCGUUGCAAGCCCCCUCAUUCAUUAA